AUGUUCAGGCUCCUAAUUAGUCAGGACCUUAUCGUACCGUUUGAAAACGCACACGGCCCACUGUCGCUCGCGACUCUCGCGAAUUCGCAGACCCUUCGCUUUUGUUCGCGCAGCGUUAGUCCUUGCGCGCCAAUGCCGCCCAAGGGUAAGGGCAAGGCCGGGGGAGGCGGCGGCGGCGACGACAAGGGGAAAGGCGGAAAGGGCGGGGGGAAGGGCGAGCUCGGUACCUGCACGUACGUUAAAGCGCGGCACAUACUGUGCGAGAAGCAGGGCAAGAUCAACGAGGCGUACAAGAAGCUGCAGGAGGGGUGGCUGGACGCGGGGGAUAAGGUGCCGCCCGCCAAGUUCGGCGAGAUAGCCCAAGCCUAUUCGGAGUGUCCAUCGGGCAAGAAGGGUGGCGAUCUGGGCUGGUUCCCCCGGGGAAAGAUGGCCGGGCCUUUCCAGGACGUUGCCUUUGCCACACCCAUUGGCGCCACGUCAGCACCCUUCAAGUCAACGCACGGUUACCACGUAAUUCUCGUGGAGGGGCGUAAGAACUGA